GAUACCCUGCAAUUCACCACGGUCUUUGCAAGAGAGGUGUCAGAGAAGUUUGGUGCCGUGCUGAUUGCUCUUUUGGGCGGCUUCUUGCUCUGCUCGGGUGACUUCAUCAUGGCCAAGGCUAUUGAAGUGCUAGGUUUGUCGGUCGCCUGCCCUAUUGGAUUUGGCACAGCCAUGGUGUUCGGCACAGCCGUGAGCUAUGCUAUUGAUACGGGGCCAAAGGCGGAUGCAAACCUUCUGUUCCCUGGCCUCUUUGCAUGCCUUCUGGGGAACGUUU